UCAUCUUAAUGGUCACAUGAUUCUGGACUUGACACAUUCUUGACACAUUGAUCUCAGAUCAGUUCUGUCUGCUGUGUCAGUUUAAUAAGCGCUAAAACAGAAGUAUAAAGAAGAGAAGAGUAGAGCAGAGCAGCAACAUUAGCACAUGCUCAUGAUGUUUGACUGUAAAAUAUCCGAAAUGUCUUAUGUUAUUUAUCACAAUGUGUUCAAGACUGAGAUUCAGGGAAUAGACAAAGAGAAAGUGAAGAUGAUGGUGGACAUCUAUGAGAGUGGAGAUGACUUUAGGACACAUGAUUCAAUACAAACACAACAACAACUUCAGUCUACAGACUGAGAAUCAGGGAAUGGACAAAGAGGAAGGAGAGAUGCUGGGAGGGAUCUUCGAGGGUGAAGAUGACUACAGGACACAGACAGACUCCAAUACAAACAGACAACUACCAUUUCAGUCUGCGGGACGUUAUGUGAGGAUAAGAAGUUACAGAUCAGUUUCAGUGUGUUUGGUGCUGCUGUGUGUUCUUCUACUGACUGCAGUCAUAGUGCUGUGUGUCCUCAUCAAUACAAACAACCACCAGUGUCACAUCGAGACCAAAAACAUCACAGAAGAGAGAGACGAAAUAAUAGCCAAGUACAAUAAUAUCACUAAACUAAGUGAACAGCUGAAUCAGGAGAAAAUUGAAUUGUGGACACAUCUUCAAGAUGGAUGGAUUUACUAUCAGUCCAGUUUGUACUACAUUUCAUCUGAGCAGAAGAACUGGACUGAGAGCAGAAGAUACUGUAUAGAGAGAGGAGCAGAUCUGACCAUCAUUAACAACAAAGAGGAACAAGAUUUCAUUAGCGGAAAGUCCGGUACAGACAACAUCUGGAUUGGUUUGUCUGAUAUUGAAGUGGAGGGCAGAUGGAAAUGGGUUGAUGGCAGCAGACUGACCACAAGCUUCUGGAAGGUUACACAGCCUCAAGGAGUUGAAGAUGAAAACUGUGUUGUUAAUCAUUUAUCAGUGUGGUCUGAUUAUUUUUGUUAUGCACAAUUUAAAUUCAUUUGUGAGGCAAAACAUUUAAAUUGAUCAUCACAACAAUCCUUUCUUACUUGGAAGAUUUAAAGAUAAAUAGAGAUCUUUCUGACCUGAACACCAAAAUGUUUUUUUUAAGGUAUUUCGAUGUUCUAUGUGUAACAUUUUUGUCUACCAACUUAUGUUAUAAUGUGCUGUUUAAAGGGCACAUAUUAUGCAAAAUCCACUUUUACAAAGUGUUUGGACAUAAUCGUGUGUUGGCAGUGUGUGAACACAACAACCCAACAAUGAAAAAAAUCCACCCACAAAUCCCCAUUAAAUCAUUAGACAUGAUGUUUUGAUUUACUUGUUAAUGUGAUGUCACCACUGAUCUAUAUAAAUGACUGGAUUGCGCAUAGAACGCUUAACGUAACAGCGUGAGGUGAAGCCAGCGCAGAGUUCGAGCCGCCAUCUUGGUAUACCCAACCGGCAGACGGCGUCAUUGACUUCCAUUCAAAAUCAUGUUUUAAAUUCACCCGCUUUACAGCGUAUCAGUCACGCAAGAUUAUUUUUAGGAUAUGUGUACAUAAAUUAACUGUUAUUUCUGGUGUUAUUUUCAAUGUUUAUGUUUUAAUCGGGCAGGAAAAUGGAUUUAUAAAAAACCGUUAAGGUGAGUGUGUCUGCAGCGUUCUGUUAAUGACCCGGGUAUAAAUAAUUUUUUUUUUUGACAUUCAGCUACACGGUCAGCGUUAUUUCUCUAAAUAACUUUAGGUAACUUGUUAGUUUAGAUAACAUAAAACCAGCAAAUUAUUGCAUGCACAUACGGUACAAAGUAUGAUUAUUUAUUUAGAUUUCAGAAUGAGCACGUUUGUCAUUAAUAAUAAAAUAUGCUGCGGUCUGUCUACUGAUCCGAUACUGCAAUGAAGAUGAAUGUAUAAUAACUGAUUAAAAACUAAAAUGUACAACUUUCAGUAAAUAACUAUGUACAUGCUUAGGACGUUUGUGUUGUAACAAUGUACAGGGUAACUUCAGAUAUAAAAACGAAGACUUGUAAAGUGAUGUUUUAUCAUUAAAAUCUGAUCGCGUCCAUUGAUUUAAUAGAAUGUUUGGGUAUACCAACAUGGCGGCGCAGUGGCUUCACAGUUGUGACGUCAUGCGCAAUCCAGUCAUUUAUAUAGAUCAGUGGAUGUCACACUACCAAACCCUCGCGCAUGACCACUGACUUACAUCUUGUAAAAAUGGGCAUAAUAUUGGCCCUUUCAGUUUACAGCUUUGUUAUUAACUUGUACUUACACUUUUACUACCUCAUUCCCCGCCAGCCUUUUUUUAAAAAGUUGCCCGCCAGCAUUUUUUUCAUUUUACAAAAGUUUUAAAAUGCCUUCCAGGAAAAUUUUCUUCUAUAAACAUAUAAACAUAGAAAUACUGUAUAUCAAAUGAAAGAACAGACCCUCUGCCUUCAAACAAACAAACAAAACGGGAAAAGGUUUUUGCUUCAGCUUUUUUAUACGUUAGGUAUAAUAGCGGAAUUACAGAUUACUGUAAAAACUCGUCAGGAAAGCGUCAUUGGCAGAGAAAUGUUUUCUCUUAAUUGACACGAUAACUCGUCAAUGGCGGGGAAAGAGUUAAAUAUGUGCUGUAAUACUCUUGUCAGAAUGAUUAAUCACAUAAGUCUUUAUAAUUCAUAAUUCUUCUAAAUUUUAUCUGAAUAAUCUUUUUAUAAAAACAUUUAUGUAAAAAUAAAUCUGUGGAAAAGUGAUAUUUGUAUUUAGAAACAAACUGAUAUAAAAUUAUUUCAUUUAUCUUUUGCUUUAUUACAGAUUGUGUUUUAAAAUCACAUUGUACCACUAUAAAAUUAUCUUAUUAUCUUAUAUUAAAGGCAUUGACCAAAUGAA